UUGAUAUAGGAAAGACCGCUUUAAUGGAUAAAUAUUUCUUUUUAAUGGCACUUUAUAUUGUGCCAGAAAUCUCUUCUGCUCUGCAAGCUGUCGAUGAUUUUGAAGUUCCUGAGGAAAUUAAAUUCAGUAAAAACACACUAGAUCCUGUAGAAACGAGGACCAAGAAAGUUAUUCACACUGAGGGAAGGACUCGUGCAUAUCGGCAAUUGCGUAGUAAUGCUAUUGAUGAUCACAAUUUAAACAUUACCAAAUACAAUGGCGAAAUGAUUGACAAUUAUUGCUGCUUUUGGGUGUACCAAACACAUCCCGCUAUUCCCCAAACCUGGAAGCAUAUGUCCGAAUAUCCUUUCGACUUUCACUUCAAUGGCCAAUUUGUGGCGAAUAAGCGUCACAAUCAAAGUGAAAAUCCUUCAAGUAAAUUGAAUUUUUAAUAAAUUGUAAUUUGUAAAAUAAUAUGUAGUAAGGAAAACCUUAAUUAAAGGCGAAUACUUGAAUUUUUAAAGAUUUUAA